GGAGCCGGAGCGCAGGUCGCAUGGGGGAGUCUAUCCCGCUGGCCGCCCCGGUGCCCGUGGAACAGGCGGUGCUGGAGACGUUCUUCUCUCACCUGGGUAUCUUCUCGUACGACAAGGCCAAGGACAAUGUGGAGAAGGAACGGGAGGCCAACAAGAGCGCAGGGGGCAGCUGGCUGUCGCUGCUGGCCGCCCUGGCGCACCUGGCCGCGGCCGAGAAGGUCUAUCACAGCCUCACCUACCUGGGGCAGAAACUAGGGAGCCAGUCUUUCUUCAGCAGGAAGGAUUCCAUCCGGACCAUUUAUACUUCCCUGCAUAACGAGCUGAAGAAGGUGGUGACUGGCCGAGGUGCUCCCGGAGGGACUGCUCCCCACGUGGAAGAACUCCUUUCUCACCUGUCAGAGCAGCUCUGCUUCUUUGUGCAGGCUCGGAUGGAGAUCGCAGACUUCUAUGAAAAGAUGUAUACCCUCAGCACGCAGAAGUUCAUCAAUGCCGAAGAGCUCGUCGGCCUUUUGGACAACAUCCUCAAAAAAUAUAGCUCCAGAUUUCACCACCCAAUCCUCAGUCCUGUGGAAAGUAGCUUCCAGCUGGAAGUUGAUGUCCUGAGUCAUCUCCUGAAGGCACAAGCCCAGAUCGCAGAGUGGAAGUUUCUCCCAUCUCUGGUUAACUUGCACAGUGCUCACACCAAGCUCCAGACCUGGGGCCAGAUCUUUGAAAAGCAGCGGGAGACCAAGAAACAUCUGUUUGGAGGGCAGUCUCAGAAGGCCGUCCAACCCCCACAUCUUUUCCUUUGGCUGAUGAAACUCAAAACCAUGCUGUUGGCCAAGUUUAGCUUUUACUUUCACGAGGCACUGAGCCGGCAAACAACUGCUUCAGAAAUGAAAACAUUGACUGCAAAAGCUAACCCGGACCUUUUUGGAAAGAUUUCCAGUUUCAUCAGGAAAUAUGAUGCUGCCAAUGUGUCCUUAAUUUUUGACAACCGAGGCUCAGAGAGCUUCCAGGGUCACGGCUACCACCACCCCCAUUCCUACCGAGAAGCCCCUAAGGGCGUGGACCAGUACCCAGCCGUGGUGUCUCUGCCCAGCGACAGGCCAGUCAUGCACUGGCCCAAUGUCAUCAUGAUCAUGACGGAUCGCACGUCUGACCUGAACAGCUUGGAGAAAGUGGUCCACUUCUAUGAUGACAAGGUGCAGAGCACCUAUUUCCUGACCCGCCCAGAGCCCCACUUCACCAUUGUCGUCAUUUUUGAGUCUAAGAAAUCUGAGAGAGACUCCCAUUUUAUUUCCUUCCUGAACGAGCUCUCACUUGCUCUCAAGAAUCCCAAAGUUUUUGCCAGUCUAAAACCUGGAUCCAAAGGUUAGCAGGUAAUUUGUGUGAAGGAUUUUCAGGACGGGAAACUUACUGUUCUGAUGCUCGCCGUGUACGUGACUGGAAGUUACAUUCACUCACUGCUUUCAUAGCUGGACUGAAGACGGAUCUUCCUUAAUCAUGUUGCACACUUUAUAAGCAGUUAAGGCCAAGUGGAUUAAGUCUCCAAAGAGUAACUAUUUUUUCUGAUUUUCCUGUACUUCAUGUUGAUGGAAUAUUUAUUAUUUGCCUUUCACUUUUUUUUUUCCAGAUGUUUUCUGUUAUUCCAAGCCUGUGUUCUGAUGCACUUCCGAAUACCCGUUCUGCUUGUUCCUGGAGGAGGAACUGGGGACAAGGCACUAGGCGGAUGUGUUUUAGUCUCAGAAUUACCAUUGCUAAUAGGAGCUUUACAUUCUAAUGGAAUUCAUAUUUUUGAAGCCAUAAUUAAGACAGUGGUGAGGAAUGUCUGCCAGUGAGUGAAGCUGAAGGUCUGAGAUGCACAUCGGAAAGUCCCCUAAUAACUUGAGUAGCCAUGGCUACUUUCCAGGUGACCCCCACACCCAUCUGCAUUUGUUUUCACCUUUAAAAGGUUGUAAUUUUUCAGUGUCUUCAAGUCAGCAUAAGCCAUGUGUGGGGUUUCUUCACUCGUCGGUGUAGAAUCUGCUUGCCUUCCUAUUUACCACUUUCUGCUGAAAUCUGUGUUCAUGUUUGGCCCCACUCCCUUGUUUUUUUUUUUUGUUUGUUUUGUUUUGUUUUUUAGGCUUGGAAAGCAUGCAGUUGCUUUUAAGGCACUUCAGUUUCUCACACAACAUAGCCUACUUUUGUAAAAUCAAACUGAAGGUCUUGAUGCCUUUGCUUGCUAAAAAUCAAUUGUGCUUUCAAAGACCUCUUCAUAGUUGAGUGAUCAACUCAGUGUUUAAGCACAUCUGAACGUGGGUUUCUUGUCUGCCUUGCUGCAAGUCUGUUAAGAAGCAGUGCUAAGGUCCUAGUCAUUUCUUUCAGUGCUUGUUCAUGGGGGAGUGGAUAGAUCAGUGGAGGCAUAGGCCUGUGGAGACCUUCGAGUUACUGACACAGAGUAACAAGAAGCCACUGAGAGUAAUUGAAUUGUUACUACUUGACAGUUCUUUCAGAGCAUUGCAAAGUGUCAUGAUCAGAUCAGUCUCUUUGUCAUGAUUGUAUGGAGCCUCUGUUGUGUGUGCAGGCAUACCUGCAAUGUCUUCAGAGCCAGAGAGCCCUCCAAGCUUGGUCUACCUGGAAUAUUGAAUACUGGCCUCUCUUCCCUUCCUUCUUCCCUAUAAUCUUAAAAAGCCAGUUUGACUGGGUGUGGUGGCACAUGCCUUUAAUCCCAGCACUUGGGAGGCAGAGGUCAGAGGAUCACCGUGAGUUCAAGGCCACUCUGAGGCUGCGUAGUGAUUUCCAGGCCAACCUAGGCUAGAGUGAAACCCUACCUCGAAAAAACAAAACAAAAAGCCAGUUUGCUUUAAAUAGAAAGUAGUUAUUUACCCUUGCAUUUUAUUAACUCAGAUUCUACAAAAACAUGAAGAGAUUUUUACAAUAUUGACUUUACAUUACAAAAUAAAAAGCAAUUAGAACUCAAGUUACAUAAUUUUCCUUCCUUUUUUGUUUGACCAAGAAACUGAAAAACAUUGCCUGGUAUGUAUUCAUUUUCUUCCUAGGUAAAACCGCCUUUAGCCUUAAUGAUAUGACCCUGAUAUAGUUAAGAGAACAGAGGCUUCAGUGGAACAUGAAGAGUGUAAAUAAAAUAUAUAUACAGUACUUAAAGUAGUCAGAUCUAUACAUAUUGGAAUUGUAUAUUUAUUUUUGAACAUAUUUUUAAACAAUUCAAAAAAUAUUUACAAAUAGCAGAAAGCAGAUGUGGGUAUUAAAAAAAAGUGAAACAACAUAGAUGCAUCACCGCGGCUGCCAUAGACUGAACGGGAAGAAGUUUUGAAGAUUAAAUGACACUUUGAUGAUUUCUUAAGCCCUUCAGUAUAAAGCUUUCUAAUUACAUACACACAUAAAUGUAAACUACCCAUAUUUUGAUUCAUCAAGAAACAGUCACUUUUUACUUUAAGAUUUACCCUUUGAAAACAGUAAUGAGAUGAUCUGUAAUGGUUGUUUGCCUGAUAGGAAGGGUAAAUCUGCCUAUUUUGAAAUGUAUUUCUAAACCAUGGCUGGAUGAAUUUGUAUAGGUACCAGGGAGUGUGGUCACCAGUUUGUCAAGGAGUCCAUCAAGGAUGUUGCAUUGUAGCAUGCUACCUGGACAGAGGGUGAACUUCCAAGCUUUGUCCUCUCACCGCCAAUCUGGUGUCUGACAAUGUUUUUGGGAAGUGUGUGAAAAUAAAGCCUAAAUUUUUUUUUUUU